AUGAGGAGCAUUAAGUGGAGUGCUGAUGCCAGUGGUAGUUUUGUCGUGCUGCUGUUCGUGGGAGAGUGCGCGGGUUACUCAUCGGCAGUACAGAAAUUCUCCCAGACUUUGCAGUCCUUUCAGUUCGACUUUAUUGGUGACACACUAACGGAUGAUGAGAUUAAUAUUGCCGAAUCCUUUAAGGAGUUCGCAGAGCUGCUCCACGAGGUAGAGCUGGAGAGGUCCAUGAUGGUACAGAACGCUAGUGAUUUGCUGAUCAAACCUUUGGAAAACUUUAGGAAGGAGCAAAUAGGGUUCACCAAGGAAAGAAAGAAAAAGUUUGAGAAGGAUGGUGAGAAGUUUUAUUCUAUGCUGGAUCGCCAUUUGCAUUUGUCUUCCAAAAAGAAGGAAUCCCAAUUACAGGAGGCUGACCUUCAGGUUGACAAAGAGAGACACAAUUUCUUUGAGUCCUCCCUCGAGUAUGUGUACCAGAUCCAGGAAGUACAAGAAAGCAAGAAAUUCAGUAUCGUUGAACCGGUACUGGCUUUUCUCCACAGUCUCUUUACUUACAACAACCUGACAGUUGAGCUCACGCAGGAUUUCCUCCCUUACAAACAGCAGCUUCAGCUCAGCCUGCAGAAUACAAGGAACCAUUUUUCCAGCACGCGGGAGGAGCUGGAAGACCUGAAGAAGAGGAUGAAGGAAGCCCCCCUAACCUGCAAGCUACCUGGGCAGCCGACCAUUGAGGGCUAUCUGUACACUCAGGAGAAAUGGGCACUGGGCAUCUCCUGGGUGAAAUAUUAUUGCCAGUAUGAAAAAGAGGCAAAAACCUUACGGAUGACGCCCAUGGACCAGAAGCCUGGAGCUAAGCAAGGCACCUUAGACCUGACACUGAAAUCCUGUGUAAGGAGAAAGACUGACUCUAUAGACAAAAGGUUUUGUUUUGACAUUGAAACCAAUGAAAGGUCUGGGACCAUCACGCUGCAAGCGCUCUCGGAAGCCAAUCGAAGGCUGUGGAUGGAAGCCAUGGACGGGAAGGAGCCGAUCUACCACAGUCCCAUCACGAAACAGGAAGAAAUGGAGCUGAAUGAGGUCGGCUUCAAGUUUGUACGGAAGUGCAUCAACGCAGUGGAAACGAAAGGGAUAACUACGGAGGGCGUCUACCGGACUGUUGGCAGCAAUAUUCAGGUGCAGAAGUUGCUGAAUGCCUUUUUUGAUCCAAAAUGUCCAGGGGACGUGGAUCUCCAAAGUGGCGAUUGGGACAUCAAAACGAUUACCAGCUCACUGAAGUUUUAUCUCAGGAACCUGUCUGAACCCGUCAUGACGUACAAGCUCCACAAAGAGUUGGUCCUGGCUGCCAAAUCUGAGAACCUGGAUUACAGGCUGGGAGCCAUUCACGCGCUGGUCUAUAAACUACCUGACAAGAACAGAGAGAUGUUAGAGCUCCUCAUACAACACCUCGUCAACAUAUGUGAGCACAGCCGAGAGAAUCUGAUGUCACCGUCUAACAUGGGGGUGAUAUUUGGACCUACCCUCAUGCGAGCACAGGAGGACACCGUGGCAGCGAUGAUGAACAUCAAGUUCCAAAACAUAGUAGUUGAGAUCCUCAUCGAGCACUUUGGGAAGAUCUACUCCGGCCCCCCAGAAGACACCACCGCACCCCCGGUGCCUCCUCCCAGGGUGGCUGCCCGGCGGCACAAACCCAUCACCAUUUCCAAACGUCCUCUGAGGGAAAGACCUGUCUUCUUCGGUGCUUCUGUGGAAGAAAGUGGAGAAAACCGGCACGGCCAGCCCCCCAACGGCAGCGGCGGCACAGAGGCCCCCAAGCCGCUGCACCGCAGCCGCCUGCCCGACGGAGGAGUGAAGCCCGCCAGCAAGGCUGCCAACGGGGUGGUGGCCAGCCCUGCCCUGAAGACCACCACUCUUCAGGCCAGGAGACCGGCUCCCCGGCCGGGGAUCUAUGGCAGAGAGGGCGAGUACGAUGGUGUCCCUAAGCCACGAUCCCAUGGCGAUAAGCCUGUGAUAACGCGUCCCCCUGUGAGACCUCCGGACCCACCGUGCAGGACUCCUGUCCCUCCGAGGCUGGAGCAGAGGCCGGAUCUGAUAGCAGGAACAGCAGAAGAGAUGACCUCGUCUGUGGUGGCCUCUAGGACAAAGUUCUUUGAGACAGCUUCCCGAAGAACAAGCAAUUCUUCAUCACCACAAGGCCGGAUCCCAGGUGAUGAGAGCUGAGGCUAAAGACUGUGUAACCACCUCAGCCCAGCUAGACCCAGGGGGUUUUCUGUGCUUGUGAAACGGACGUGUCACAGCUAAGACUUUUCCAGUUCCAGUGCCCCUGGAGAGCAGCUAUCUUACCGGACGAUAAUUUCGGAGCAUGCUGUCGUAAGUGGCUCAAGAAAUUAGAAGAGAGGGAGAUAACGAUGGAGAGAAGACCCUACCCAGACAUUUGUGUUGAACUGUUCCCAGUCCUUCCGCCACUCCUCUCUGCGCAGGCUGUGAAGGAUGCUCGUGUGUGCCCUUGCAGGUGACCGGCAGCGUUUGCAGGGCUGGGCGAGCGCCGACAGCGGCAGCGCUGGGCAGAGCCAUCCAGCCGACGGGCUGUGGAAGGGACAGCAGAGGAUGGCAGUGGCCGUUUACCUGCUCACUUUUUGGGAAAUGCACCUUGGCAAGGGUGACCUUGGGAGAUAUUGGAGUCGAAAUGCAAGGGGCUGAAUCCCUGUGCUUGGAUGCAAGGGCAGAGUGACUGGAGUUCGGGUUGGACGCCUUGCCAUGAGAAGCUCCUUCCUUUAUGUUAUGUUUUCGUCACUCAGUAAGCUAUAGUGUGUUUGUCAGUGUGUAGGAGAGCAGUGUAUGUUACUGGAAACGCUGCUUGUGCUAAGGCAGGACAGGAAUUGGCUCUGCGGGACGUCUCUUCAUCUCCUCCCUGGCGUCAGUGUGCCCCUGUCCCGGGAAACCACGCCGGCAGACGCAGCUGUGCCGGGGGCUUUGCCUGAGCGGGGCUGUAUCCCCUGCCUGCGUUGUCGGCUUUCCAGGCAGUGCCGGUCGGGUUAGCAGCCUCCGAGAGCGCGGCUGGGAGAAGGAGGCAGCAGGCGGUCCUCCUCCACCUCCUCCUCCUCCCGCAGGAGCCCCUCUCCCACCAGAUCCGCUUCCCACGAGCCCACCGAGAAGUCUCUGUCCCCGGGGUUAUUCUGGUGGGCCAGCACAGAGGCAGCGAGGAACUGAAACUCGCUGAAUAUGGGUCAAAGCCCACCGUUUUUCUAAAAGGCACACAGUUUCUUGUUUGCUUGUAACAUUAAUUUCCAAUCCAAGAGAUGUCCAGUCUCUUUUCCUCAGCAGUGGCCGUGUAGAUGAUGCCCUUUGGUCUGGAAAGGUUUCUCCUAGCCAGGACCACCCCUAGUGCCCCCGUUAACAGUAGAGGCUUAUUUGUGGUUCCAGCUGACACCAGGGCUCAGUUCCUGAGCUGUAGCAUUUACCUGUAAAUAGGCAAUGAGCGGCGUCCCUGCUUCCUCUCGCCAGCCCAAAGGCAGCUUCCCUGUUUUGAAUGAUUUUCCUUGGGUGCUGGGAGCAUUCCCAAACCGGUGGCCAAACAUCCCCGUUAGCUGCUUCCCAGGUGCUCCAUCCUCUCGAGCGCGCUUUGUGUCCUGCCUGGCACAGGUUUGCCGGUGGGAUGCUGCCGCGGUCCUUCCCGUGCUGUCUCCUGGUGCUUGCCUUGUGUGUGCAUCUAGCGCCUGUCUGCUUUAUUGCUGAAUGUAGUUCUGGCGUUCACUGGACACACACGUGUUGUGUCAAUGGUGCUUCCGCUCCCUCGGGCUUUGGCGGUGCCCCAGCUGCUCGCUCCUGUACUUCUGCUUUGAACAGUGGCACAUAAAAGUGGCUUUAAAAAAAACCAAACAGAGCAGUGGUAUCAAAGCCUAGACUGUAUUACACACACCGGCAUCUCAGGGCUUUUCAAAGCUACGGUGAGCCCUUUCUGCUGCAUCCUCUCGCAAGUGGCCGGGAGGCGUGAGCAGCACCGAAACAGCGCAUCAUGUUUUUCUGAUCAGGUAUCUCGGAGAGCAGGUAAGACUGUGAGCCAGCGAGUCUGAAGGCAGGAGAGAGGCGCUCUGACCAGCCCGG